GCUCUCCAGCCGCCGAGCAGCAAUCGCUGCGACCCCGCCCGCGCGGUGCCCCUCUCCCGCAGCCCCCAGGGCAAUGCCCAGCUCGGCACUGUGGGCAGUGGACCUGUUCGGCAGGGUGUUCACGCUGUCCACGGCCGGGCACCAAUGGGAGCCAUGCAGGGAUGCCCAGCUGGAGUUCAAGCGGGUCAGCGCGGCCAGGGACUGCUGCUGGGGCAUUGCCUGUGACCACCGGGUGUACGUGCUCGUGGGUGCCAGCGACGUCCCCAUCCGCUGCCAGGAGGAGGCCUAUGAGAAUCAGCGCUGGAACCCCAUGGGCGGCUUCUGUGAGACGCUCCUGCCGAGUGACCGCUGGCCGUGGAGUGACGUGAGUGGGCUCCAGCACCGGCCGCUGGAUGGGGUGGCGCUGCCCUCGCCACACUGGUCGUGGGAGUCAGACUGGUACGUGGACGAGAAUUUUGGAGGGGAGCCCACGGAGAAAGGGGGGUGGACGUAUGCCAUCGACUUCCCUGCCACCUACACGAGGGACAAGAAGUGGAAUUCCUGCGUGCGGCGCCGGAGGUGGAUCCGGUACAGGAGAUACAAGUCUCAGGAUACCUGGGCCAAGAUCCCUUCGGAGGACGACCCCCAGCAACUGCCUGACCCCUUCAGCGACCUCUCUGUGGGCGGGUGGGAGGUCACAGACGAGCCCGUGGGCCGCCUGUCCGUGUGGGCCGUGACCCUUCAGGGAAAGGUGUGGUACAGAGAGAACGUCAGCCACCACAACCCCGAAGGCUCGUCGUGGUCCCUGGUGGACACACCCGGGGAGGCGGUUCAGAUCAGCUGUGGGCCCCACGACCUGCUGUGGGUGACGCUCUGGGAGGGCCAGGCCUUGGUUCGGGAAGGAAUCAACAGGAACAACCCCAAAGGAAGUUCCUGGUCCACAGUGGAGCCUCCCACGUCUGAAAAUGGGAUCCUGCACGUCUCCACGGGAGUCUGCGUGGUCUGGGCCGUCACUAAGGACCGGAAGGUUUGGUUCCGAAGAGGCGUCAACUCUCACAACCCCUGUGGCACCAGCUGGAUCGAGAUGUUUGGAGAAAUGAUGAUGGUGAACGUGGGCCUGAAUGACCAGGUCUGGGGCAUCAGCUGCGUGGACCGGGCCCUGUACUUCCGUCAGGGCGUCACCCAGAGCGAGCUCAGCGGGAAGACGUGGAAGGUCAUCGUCGCCGGCCGGGAGGGCGGCCGCUCGCUCUCCGGCAGCUCCUUCGGCCUCCUCAGCGCCGGCUGCUUCUUUUGCAACGAAGUGAGGGGCAGUGCCGAGUCCUGUGGUCCUGGCAACUCGGAUGCCUCCUGGGAGGUCCCUGGCCCUGCCUCCAGCCCAGCUGGGGUGCAUGGGAAGGAGUCCAAGAAAGGGCCCACCCAUGCAACUGCCAACUUUCCAGAGGCCACCGACCUCUCCUCACUGACGCUCCUCCCGCUGGGCCUAGAGGAGCCUGACAGCGUGGACUGCCACGCGCUGUGGGCCUGGGUGUCUGGCGGAGGCUGUGCCGUGGAGGCCCACACCACCCUCAAGUGGUUCACCACCCAGUCAGGCCUGUGCCCCUCGGUGCAGACGCUCUCGCUGUCCAUCACACCGGCCCAGACGGCCGCCUGGCGGAAGCAGAUCUUCCAGCAGCUCACAGAAAGGACCAAGCGGGAGCUAGAGAACUUUCAGCACUACGAGCAGGCGGUGGAGCAGUCUGUGUGGGUGAAGACUGGGGCCCUGCAGUGGUGGUGUGACUGGAAACCCCACAAGUGGAUGGACGUCCACGUAGCCCUGGAGCAGCUCACGGGCCACGAUGGGGCUCAGGACAGCAUCCUCUUCAUCUACUACGUGGUCCAUGAGGAGAAGAAGUACAUCCACGUGUUCCUCAACGAGGUGACGGCGCUGGUCCCCGUGUUCAGUGAGGCCAAGCACUCCUUCGCCCUGUACACCCCCGAGAGAACGCGGCAGAGGUGGCCCGUGCGCCUGGCUGCCGCCACUGAGCAGGACAUGAGCGACUGGCUCACCCUGCUCAACCUGUCCUGCUGCGAAAGCCAGAGGGUGCACGGCCGCCCCUCCCCGCAGGCCAUCUGGUCCGUCACCUGCAAGGGGGACAUCUUUGUGAGCGAGCCCGGUCCAGACCUCGAGGGCCCUGAGCGCCGGCUGCCCUGUGACCAGAUGUUCUGGCGGCAGAUAGGCGGCCACCUGCGGGUGGUGGAAGCCAACAGCCGGGGCGUGGUGUGGGGCAUCGGCUACGACCACACGGCCUGGGUCUACACGGGCGGCUACGGCGGAGGCUGCUUCCAAGGUGAAGGCCUGGCCAGCAGCACCAGCAAUGUCUUCACACAGUGGGAUGUGAAGUGUGUCCACAUCUAUGAGAACCAGCGCUGGAACCCCGUCACAGGCUACACCAGCAGGGGUCUGCCCACCGACCGGUACAUGUGGAGUGACGCCACGGGCCUGCAGGAGUGCACCAAGGCUAGCAUGAAGCCCCCGUCCCUGCAGUGGACCUGGGUUUCUGACUGGUUCGUGGAUUUCAGCGUCCCCGGUGGCACAGACCCGGAGGGGUGGCAGUACGCCAGUGACUUCCCCGCCUCUUACCACAAGUACAAAACCAUGAAGGAUUUCGUCAGGAGAAGGUGCUGGGCCAGAAAGUGCAAGCUGGUGACCAGCGGGCCCUGGCUGGAGGUGACCUCCGUGGCCCUCAGGGACGUGUCCAUCAUCCCCGAGAGCCCGGGCGCCCAUGGGAGCGGGUUGAACAUCGCGCUCUGGGCCAUCAGUGACAAGGGGGACGUGCUGUGCCGUCUGGGUGUGUCCGAGCUCAACCCCGAGGGCUUCUGCUGGAUGCACGUGGGCACCGACCAGCCCUUCACCUCCGUCUCCAUCGGCGCCUGCUACCAGGUGUGGGCCGUGGCGAGGGACGGCUCCGCCUUCUACCGCAGCUCCGUGUCCCCCUCCAGGCCCAACGGCGACUGCUGGUACCACAUCCCGCCUCCUCCCAAACAGAGGUUGAAGCAGGUGUCCGUGGGGCACACCUCAGUGUUCGCCUUGGAUGAAAAUGGGAACCUGUGGUACCGCCAAGGGGUCACGCCCAGCCACCCGCAGGGCGACAGCUGGGAGCACGUGUCCAACAAUGUGCGCCACGUGUCUGUGGGGCCCCUGGACCAGGUCUGGGUCAUCGCUGACAAAGUCCAGGGGAGCCACAGCCUGAGCCGCGGAACCGUGUGUCGCCGCACGGGCGUGCAGUCCCUGGAGCCCAAGGGGCAGGGCUGGGAUUAUGGCAUCGGGGGGGGCUGGGAUCACCUCUCCAUCCGGGCCAGUGCCACCAGGGCCCCCGAGAGUUCAUCCCAGAAGCCAGCCAGCAAGCAGAAUGGGCAGCCCCCGAGCAUGGCCUGUGGCCCGUGGGAGACCCCCAGCCCCGUCUGCUGCUGAGGCCGCCUCCCCUCACUGGGAGCAGCUAUAGCGCUGGGUGCCAGGGACCAACGUUGAUGCAAAACUUCCUGUCGGAGCCGUGCUCACGCAAAACACCCCGAAACGUGGAUCCGGGGGUGGCGUCACCAGGCCCAGACUCUAGAGUCCGUGCAGAGAACUUGGCCUAAGGUCACGGCCGCCUCGGAGGCCCUGAAAGCCCAGAAAUGUGAAACUCUGUGGACGCUGCGUGUCCCCGGCCGUGGGGAGAACGUGGGGUGGGGGGUGGGAGGCCCUGUUGCCUUGGCCUCAACUGCCUGCUCCCUGCCCCUCUGCCUCCUGCCUUUUGCGGCGGGAGCCUGGAGCCUUCCAGGAACACUGCCCCAGGGAAGAGGACCCAGGGAGCCCCCUCAGCCCUGGAUGGCCCCAGGUGGUGUCAGGACCCUCCUCCUCCCCCAAGAAAAAUGGCAGCGGGGCUCAGGAUGGUUUUUCCUGGGCCCGAUCAGUUCUCAGAACAGGGCUCGCAAAUAGGACUUCAUUUCCUAAGUUAAGGAAGGGGUUGGAAAUAAAUGCUGGGGAGGGGUGUCAUCUUCCCAGGGUGGACGGGGGACCGCCAGCCCACUGUCCAGUUGCAAGGUCAGCAUCCCCAGCCCUCAGCCAGCCCUUCCCCAGGCGUGGUUGGGGCCGAGGGGCUCCUCUCAAGGCAGAUCCUGUUGCAGGGGGUGGGGUGGGUAUAGACCACCAGCCUGUGAGAGAAGCCUGGAGGCGGCAGGCCUGAGCCUAGGCCUAGGGAGGCACCCCCCCACCCUGCCCCCAAGCAACCCCACUCCCAGUGUACAGCUGCUUUUUAUCAGAAAAAGGGUGCACUUGAAGCCUCAAGUCGGCCUCCCACAACCAGGUGAUUUGAUUCGUCUGAACCCACGUCCCAUCUCUGCUCAUUUUGAGACCCUGACGAGCUGACCCCGUUGGCCGCCCCGGUAGGCCCGCUGGAAGAGCUCAGCUGUGCGCUGUUCUGCCUCGUGUUUGCUGCCCAGAAGCUGACUCCCCGGGGGGCACUGGAGGAAAGCUGGUGGCCCCUGCCAGGUCGCCUCAAAGUGAGCCCAAGAGGCAGGAGUCGGGGGGCAGCACGGGGAAAGCUCGUGAAGGGUCAGCGCCCUCUUAUCUGUUUACACUCAAGUUGUCAAGUCUCUCCAAGUGGGCAUCACGGCUGCUUCCGUGGUGGCGCCUGUUGCUCUGCUGUGAAUUGCUGGUUCUCCAGGGCACCCAUUCCACCCCAGCUCAGCAUCACUGAACCAUCUCGAUUCCUUGGAUGCUUUAUUCAAUAAAAACUU